AUGGCCAAAAGGAUCAUUGUGACCGGAGGAUCUGGGUAUGCUGGUCGGCAUAUAGUUGCCUUUUUACUUGACCAAGGCCAUGAAAUUCUCAACCUGGAUCUGGUACCGUUGCCAGAGCCUCUGGCUCAGCGGGUUCAUUCAAUGAAAGUCGACCUCAGCGAUGGGGGCCAGGUUUUCAGUGCACUCUCAUCGCACUUCAAAUUAACCCAGCCAUUUCAUGAGCCCCUUAUGACGCCUGCAGAUGCCGUCAUUCAUUUGGCAGGUUAUCCACGAAAUAUGCUUGCGCCGGACAGCGAGACAUUUAAGAUAAAUGUCGUCUCGACACAUAAUGUCUUGGAAGCGGCGUGCAAGCUUGGAAUUAAAAAAGUCAUUCUCGCAAGUUCUAUCUGCGUCUACGGAGUGACGUAUGCUGAAGGGGAUGUUGAUUUUCCUUCUUUUCCAGUCGACGAAGAAGUGGAUACAAACCCUAUGGAUGUUUAUUCAAUUGCCAAGGUCUGCGCAGAAAAGGUCGGACGAGGAUAUGCUAGGAAAUAUGGUAUUGAUGUCUACGCCCUAAGGAUUGGCGCGGUGAUCUGCCCAGAGGAUUAUGCGACAUUAUUUAAGGAGUAUGUCAACAAUCCGAGCGACUGGAAAGUUCAUGGAUGGUCUUACACGGAUGCGCGCGAUCUUGGCCAGAUGUGCCACCUUUGCGUCGCUGUUGAUGGGUUGGGAUUUCAAGUUUUUAAUGCAACCAACGACCAGAACACCACUACACUGGAGACCACGGAACUACUGAGGCGGGAGUGUCCUAACACGUUGUUUACCAGGGAGAUGCUGCCCAGAGAGGCUCCAAUGAGCAAUAGGAAGAUUAAAGAUCUCCUUGGUUUCAGCCAGCGGCACAGCUGGAGGGACUACUAUGCGGCGUGA